UAAAACACUUAGAACUAACCAAUCAUGAUCCAUGGCUAAAACUUACUAUAACUUGUAAUGUUGAAACUAUUUAUAAACCUAACUUAGCAAACAGUUGCUCUUCCUCAGAACAGUUCUGGAUUCUAAACCUCGCAAAUACUAGUUUACACUAGAUCUAUUGAGACUAUGAGAUAUAAGACUAAGAUUAGGAUUGGUUUUAGACUUAGAAGUUGCACGAAUUUUUUCGGCCGAAAAUAAGAUAGCGUGACGAACAGACGGUGUACCUUAACCGAAAUUACUCUAUUAGAAAGCCACCCCGGACUUAAACUCAGAUCGUUAGAUGCAAGCUAAAUCGUUUGUAGCAAGUUGGUUCACUUGUAAAAUUGGUCAAGUUGCAAUUGCAAAUUGGUCAUGGUUCAGUUUUUCUGUCUGAAGCAACCUUGAGACAAAUAACAUUAACAGCGGCUAAGUUGAAUCGAGUUCAUGUUAUCUGAAGGUUUGAUGCUGUCAAAAACAAUUCUAGAAUGUUUAGAUUUCAGAUAAGGCGAGAGUUUUAUAAAAUUUUUGACGUCAUUGCGUCCAGAGUGAAUUCUGGUUUUCAUUAAAUAUAUAAAACUUAACUGAUCAAAAUUGGUUUCUUUUCGUUGUCCGAGCUUUCAGUGCCACUUUCAAGCAACGGGCUACUUUUUUUCUAUUACGAAAAUGGUCGAAGGGGAUAAAAAUAAAAUCAAAAGUGCCAUUGAGCGGGCAAUUGAAGUUGGCGAACGAGAAUUGUCAGCUAAAAAACCCAAUUUCAAUAAAUUUUAUGAAGAACCAGAGUUUUGGAUCAAAUAUGCAGAUCUUCUAGAUCAAGCCUGGGCUGAGUUUCCGCAUUUACAUCCAGCUUUGUUUACAUACAAUGAAGUUUUCAAGGAAAAGUUCGUUGAGCCGGAGUUGAGAGCAGCUGUGGAAAUGCUACAGAAAUCAGCAAAAACGGGCGACGAACAAAUUGAUGAAACACCUGUUUGGAAUCUUCUCACAGAGUCUAAAGACGUGAAGGGCGUCUAUAAACUAAAUAACGGAUUGUUCACUGAGGAGUUUCGGAGGUUGCUUCUCGAGGAGUUAGAACACGUUGAGCGGAGUGGGAUCCCGUUGAAGAGACCCAGUAGCAUGAACAGAUGUGGAUGUAAUUUGGCUCAAAUUGGCAUGCAGCCUGUAUUUGACCAGUUUUGCCGUGAAUUCGUUUCGCCAAUAAUCGAGAUGCUAUACCCUGAGUACAUUGCGCUCGGCGAUACAUGCGACAACUACCCUUUCACCGUCGACUACCGAAAGGACCCCUCGAAGGACUUCGAUGUAGACAUGAAACACCAUCGCGACUCAAGUUUGGCGACCUUAAAUGUUUGUCUGGGCUACAAAUUCACAGCCGGAAACCUGCAAUUCUGGGGCGAUGAUCCGGACAGUCUGCCUUAUGACGACUCAAAAGGCGAGGGGGAGAUGAAAAUGACACCUGGUCUGUCGCUUUUGCACAAAGGGGGGCAUAUGCAUGCGGCGUUGCCAAUCACGAGCGGUCAUCGGGUGAAUUUGAUCAUGUGGAUGUAUGGGGAAGGAGGGUAUGUAAGAAGUGGGAAGUGCCCCCCAACUUUGCAGACAACAGCAUUGGGUCGAUGGAGUGAGCGUUGAAAAUUUGACGGCUGAACUUCUUAUUAAUGCGAUCAAUUAAAACAACCAGUUUUUGUUACUUAUCAAAAAUAGACACCAGCAUGAUUGUAACAAAAAGAUGAAAGUAUUUUAUAAGAUAGAAGCAGAAUUUAAAUUUUGCGCAUAA